AUGGACACACUAAAUAUCAUUUCGCUAGCUGGAAAUGCCGUCCAGUUUGUUGAAUAUGCGAUUAUCGCGGCGACAAAGGCUGCUCAGAUCUACCACAGCCCGAAUGGCAAAUUAAAAGAAGAUGCUGAGCUGGAAUCAAUUGCCAACGGUGUUGAAUCUUCUCUGAAAAGCAUCAACUCAUCUGAGGAUACCAACCAAGCGGUUUCCGUUUCAGAUGAAACUUUGGAUAGCCUCAUCGAGCAAUGUGUUUCAAUAGCCAAAGCAAUCAAGGGCAUUAUUCAUGGCAGCAGCGCCAAAUCGCCGGGUGUCUUGCAUGCUAUUAGUAAAACUGCUCAAAGACUCUCCAAGCAAUCCGAGUUGAUGGAGCUUCGCAGCAGACUACUCAUUCUACGUAGUGAAGUAUCCAGUCAUCUGAUAAUGCUUAUUAGGCAAGAACAGCUAAAGCUUGGAGAGAUUGUGCAGACUGUCGUAACUUCAAAUGAAGACAUGCUCCAAAACAUCAACGACAAAUACACUGAAGUUAUGAGAUACCUCAAAUCCAUCACACACCAGACACAAUCGAACAUGGCAUCUACCGCAGCUCCGAGCGAUAAGAAAGGCGCUCACAGAUCUUCCGAGAAGGAGCUCAAAUCGAUCCAAAAAGAUAGGGAGUCAAGGAUCAAGGAUGUUUUAACAAUGAGUGUGAUGCAAGGACCAUUUGACGCCAUCUUAGACGAUAUAGAGAGGCGCGGCAUACAGAAACGAGAGACCAUCUUACAAACUUUGAACUUUGACCAAUUACACGAACGAGAACUUGCAGUCGGAGAAGCGCAUGAAGGCACGGCGACGUGGAUUUUUGAUGAGAGUAAGCCGACCAAUUUCGUCAAAUGGCUUCAGAAGAGUAAUGGCAUGUACUGGAUCACGGGGAAAGCCGGAUCUGGAAAAUCGACUCUCAUGAAGUUUCUCACGGAUCACCCCCAGACAUUACAAUACUUGACGGAAUGGGCAAAAGACAAUGAUCUUAUAGUUGCCAAGCAUUAUUUCUGGAAUCCAGGCACUACUAUGCAGAAGUCUCAAGAGGGGCUUUUCAGGGCACUUCUUCAUCAGAUCUUGGGACAGCGGCCAGAAUUGAUUCCUAUAGUAUGUGCCGAUCGUUGGAAUGCUCCGUAUUAUGAACGGUCUUUUCCGUGGACUAUAAAACAACUGGCAGAAGCGUUUCAACGGUUAGGCGGCCUUGACAACGUUCGGUGGAGAAUAUGCCUCUUCAUCGAUGGUCUCGAUGAGUAUGAUGGCGAACCUACGGAUGUGAUAGACAUUAUUCACAAGAUUGGCGAAUCAGACAAGAUUAAAAUCUGUAUAUCCAGUCGACCAUGGAUCGAGUUUUCUGAUGCGUUUGGGGGCAACCAGCCAAAACUUGAACUACAAAAUUUUACGCGCGAUGAUAUACAACGCUUCAUCAGAGGCAAGCUGCAGAAUCACGAUAGAUUCAACAAACUUCGUCAACGUGACAGAGCUGCAGCUGAUGGACUUGUGCUGAGCAUCACUGAAAAAGCAGAUGGCGUGUUUCUUUGGGUCUUUCUGGUUGUUCGCUCCCUACUACGCGGGCUGCGCAAUGAAGAUGACAUUUUGGACCUUGAGCGACGCCUGGGUCAGCUGCCGGAUGACUUGUACAAAUUCUUCGACAACAUGCUCAGCAUAAUCGAGGAUGUGUAUAGAGAAAGGGUGUCUCGACUGUUUCUUACCAUGACUUCUGCCAAAGUGGCGCUGCCAAUCAUUACGUUCUAUUUUUUGAACUUUGGUGAUGCGCCCCUCUCAAGAGAGCCCCUGCCAUUCUUGAGAGAAUGGCCAAUCGUGGAUAAUGCAGAAGAAAAGGUCUUGGAGGUGAAGAAGAGGCAGCUGAUUGCCCAAUGCAAAGACUUGAUCCAUACUGUCUCUGAUGUUGAGGGCGAAGUGCUUUUUGCCGAAAAAGUUGAGUUUAUACACAACAUGGUUCUCAAUUUUCUGCAUUUGCCAGAUAUAAACGAGAGGCUAUCCAGCAUUGCUGGUAGAAGCUUCCAUCCGGUGAAAGUUCUCUUCAAAGCGAAUAUAGUAAGGGACGACACCGCAGAAAUUGAAGCCUUGGAUGAGCUCGAGGAGAUUUUAACAGAGCAAUUCAAGAUGUGGAGUUUCUCUCAUGCUAUGGAAUAUCUGUUUGGCAUUCCGCAGAUUGAAUCCUUCCUGGAGCUGGCCUGCAGAUGUGAUCUUGCCCUAUACAUCAGUCAAAAGUACCCCGAUUACAACUCUAGUAAGCUUAAUGAGAUUGCGCCAAAUUGGAAGAUGUUGUUUAGGGUUCGUCAGCAGGGCACUUUUGUGAUUGAUGAGAAGGAAACGAAAUAUGAUAUGAAGAGCGACUGGAGACUGGGUCGGCAUCUUGGCCUCCUAUCGGCACAGACGAAAGAUAGAACGAGGGAGGAAUCACAUCGACUAUGCGAAGAAGAAGAGCCGGAUAUCUGGCAAGUUUAA